GGCUACCAAAAAGCAUUGGUCAAACUAAAACUUAAAAGAAAUACCGUAGAUGACAUUUCAGAGAGUCUACGGCAAGGUGGGGGCAAGUUAAACUUUGAUGAGCUUCGACAGGACCUGAAAGGGAAAGGCCACACCGAUGCAGAAAUUGAGGCCAUAUUCACUAAAUAUGACCAGGAUGGAGAUCAGGAACUGACAGAACGUGAGCACCAACAGAUGAGAGACGACUUGGAGAAAGAGAGGGAGGACCUGGACUUGGAACACAGCUCUUUACCACGUCCUAUGAGCAGCAGAAGUUUCCCAAGAAGCCUGGAUGACUCUGAAGAGGAAGAUGACGAUGACAGUGGGCAUAGCUCCCGAAACAUGAUGCAACUGGUGAGGCGUGUGGACCGCAUGGAGCACUCCAUAGGCAGCAUCGUGUCCAAGAUUGAUGCUGUGAUUGUCAAGCUUGAGAUCAUGGAACGGGCCAAGCUGAAGAGGCGAGAGGUGUUAGGAAGGCUGCUGGAUGGAGUGGCUGAGGAUGAGAGACUGGGUCGUGACAGCGAGGUCCACAGGGAGCAGAUGGAGCGCCUGGUACGGGAAGAGUUGGAACGCUGGGAAUCGGAUGAUGCAGCAUCCCAGACAGGUCACGGUGUAGGCAUGCAAGUGGGACUCAAUGGUCAGCCUCACCCUAGAAGUUCCCGGCCUCCUUCCUCCCAGUCUGCUGAGGGCCUGGAAGGUGGAGGUGGAAGUGGAAGUGCCAAUGUCCAUGUGUAA